GACGCGGCCCUGGCGUCCGUGGGCAUCGUGAAGUGCGGCCCCGACCGCGGGCUGAUGGUGUCCGAGAGCACGAACCUCGCCCUGGAGGAGCUCGUCCAGGCCUGCUGUGCGGAAGAUGAAGGUGUCCCCGUGGUGCUGGUGUGUGGCCCCAAAAACACUGGGAAAUCAACAUUUAACAGAUACCUAAUCAAUCUGUUGCUGAAUCGGCUGCCCGUGGUGGAGUACCUGGAGUGUGACAUCGGGCAGACGGAGUUCACACCGCCGGGGUGCGUGUCCCUGAGCAGCGUCACGGAGCCCGUGCUGGGUCCCCCCUUCACUCACCAGCAGAUGCCCCAUAAGACGGUGUAUUACGGCCAGACCAGCUGUGAGCAGGACACAGAGAGAUACCUCGAUGUUGUGAAGUAUGUGUUUAGCUGCUACAAGAAGGAGGUGCCUCUAAUCAUCAACACCAUGGGCUGGGUGAAAGGUGAGGGGCUGCUGCUGCUCAUCGAUCUCAUCCGGCUGCUGUCGCCCAGCCACGUCGUGCAGAUGGACGUGUACGACUGGAAGGCCAUGAUCCCACUCACCCCCGAGCACGUCCACCUCAGCGCCGGGCUGCACACCAAGGGCAAGCAGCAGCCCAAGUGCAUGCAGCUGGAUCCGGGCAGCAUGGAGAGCUCGAAGUGCUCCGAGGGGGAGGACACGUCGGCUCCGCAGUACAAGCUCCUGUACGUCCACCCGGAAUUCCCUCGGGCAGGGGUGGCAGGUGAAGUGCGAGUGCACAGCGGCAUCCUGCGCGACAUGUCCAUCCUGGGGUACCUGGGGCAGCUGCAGUGCCCGGACAUCGGGGCGGUGCUCCCACUGCACGGCCUGGUGCCCUACCAGGUCCCUUUCAGUGCUGUCGCGCUCAGAGUUGUCCACACGGACGUGGCUCCCACCAACAUCAUGUACGCGGUGAACGCCAGCUGGGUCGGGCUGUGCCGCAUUCCCGAGGAGGUGCGGAGCCAGGGCGACGGGCCGGUCCUGCUGACACACACACCUCUCUGCGACUGCCUGGGCUUCGGGAUUGUCCGAGGAGUUGAUAUGGAGAAGAAAGUUUACUACGUCCUGACGCCGGUGCCUCCGGAGAACCUGAGACUAGUGAAUUGUCUGCUCCUUGGGAGCAUUACCAUCCCUAACUGUGUGCUCGUGGGCCAGCAAGGAAUUGAUGGAGAGAUCCCCUAUGUCACAUCUGAUUACAACUACAGCAUCCUGGGUUCAGGGAAGCUGAGGAAGAAGAAGCAGCAUUUCAGGAGGAGGGAGCAUGGCUUCAAGUGCGAUUUUCCCUGA